GCAAGUACUCCGCGUGGUGGUGGGAGACGCCGGUAUCACCUGCAGACAGAUAUUUUAAAUUUAAAUAUUUUAUACUUCAAUCAAAAGCCAAACUGCUCCUAUCGAUAACCAAAAUCAAAAAAGUUUACUAGUGUUUUUUUCGAAAUAAUUCCUCUGGAAUUUUUUUCAAUAAAAAUAGACAUUUCCAUUCAUUAUUUUGGUUCUUUGAUGGGAUUUUAAUAUAUUUAUUAUACAUUUUGGCAGGUUGGACUCAAAGUGACUUUGUGCGAGUGCAGUGUUUGUGUUAUUAUCUAUAAUAGAUAUUUAAUAAGAUAAACCAUGAUGUACAAACCUAUUUUCCUAGUUCUAUUCUACCUAUCCAUAACCAAACAACAGUCGAUUCUAGAAGGAGUAAUCAAAAUUAUUCAAGAAGGUGAAGAUCAAAUUUCAGCAGAGCCUCCUGACAUUGCAGCAUCCAAAUUACUGAAAGAAUACGACUUCAUAGUGGUAGGUGCCGGUACAGCCGGCUGCGUGGUCGCUAAUAGACUCAGUGAGAACCCAGAUUGGAAGGUACUUCUUGUGGAAGCCGGAAGACCCGAAAAUUUCUUAAUGGACAUGCCAAUAUUAGCCAACUACCUACAAUUCACAGACAGCAAUUGGCGAUAUAAAACAGAACCUAAUGGAAGGUCAUGUUUGGGUUUUGAUGGCCAGAGAUGUAACUGGCCUAGAGGCAAAGUUGUUGGGGGAUCAAGUGUUCUGAAUUACAUGAUCUAUACUAGAGGAAACAGACAAGAUUUUGACAAUUGGGCAGCAAUGGGCAAUAACGGUUGGUCAUUCAAAGAUAUUCUGCCUUAUUAUAAAAAAAUCGAAAAUUUCACGGUACCAGUACCACACGAUCCAAAUUAUCACAACACUGAGGGCUACUUGGAUGUCUCUUACGCCCCCUACCGCACCAAAAUUGCAGAUGCCAUCGUGAAUUCCAGUAUCCAGUAUGGUUUUCCUUACGUGGAUUAUAAUGGACCGACCCAGGUAGGAGUCUCCUAUCUUCAACUAAGUUUGCGAGAUGGUGUUAGAGAAAGUUCCAGCCGAGCUUACUUGCAUCCGAUUCGUAGUAGACCCAAUUUACAUUUAAGCAAAUUUACUAUGGUGAAGAGAAUCGUCAUAGAUCCUAUUACAAAGCAAACUCAAGGAGUGGAAAUAGUAAAAAAUGGCCGAACCUACUUUAUAAAAGUAAAAAAAGAAGUAAUUUCCUCGGCCGGAGCCAUUAACUCACCUCAGCUUUUAAUGCUUAGUGGAAUAGGACCAAAGAAGCAUCUUCAGCAACUUGGUAUUCCCGUUCUAAGCAAUCUCCGUGUAGGAUAUAACCUAAUGGACCACAUAGCUAUAGGCGGAAUUACGUUUCUCAUCAACGAGGCAAUAUCUCUAAAAACCGAAAGGCUUAUCAACAAUCAAAACUUAAGAGAUUAUUUGAAUAAACACCGUGGGCCAAUGUCCAUUCCCGGGGGAUGUGAGGUUUUGGUGUUUCACGAUUUCGAUAAUCCAGGAAAUCCGGAUGGAUAUCCAGACAUUGAAUUGCUCUUCCAGGGAGGAUCAAUUGUCUCCGAUCCCGUGUUGAGAAAAGACUUCGGAAUUACUGAUGAAAUUUAUGAUUAUGUCUAUAAACCAAUUGAAAAUAUUGAUUCCUUUAUGGUAUUUCCAAUGUUAAUGAGACCCAAAAGCAAAGGAAGAAUUAUGUUAAAGAGUACAAGCUACAAAGACAAACCAUACAUUUUCCCGAACUACUUUGCAGACCCAAAAGACAUGGAGACUAUGAUCAAAGGGGUGAGACUUAUAUUGAACAUCACUGCUGAACCGGCUCUACAAGCUUUAGGUGCAAGACUUCACACUAUUCCAAUUCCCCAGUGUUCAGAUAAACCAAUGGCCUCCGAUGCAUAUUUCGAAUGUAUGGCCAGACACUUCACCUUCACCAUCUAUCAUCAAAGUGGCACAUGCAAGAUGGGUCCAGCAAAGGAUAAAAAAGCAGUUGUAGAUCCUAGACUAAGGGUUUAUGGAAUAAACGGAUUAAGAGUUAUAGAUGCUUCAGUGAUUCCAGAAAUCCCUGCGGCUCAUACCAACGCACCCACGUUCAUGAUAGCAGAAAAGGGCUCAGAUCUUAUCAAAGAAGAAUGGGGAUUUAACUUAGAUAAUUAUGUUUAACUUAUGGUGGUUGUAGAUAAUCUGUGAUAUUAUUUGUUAGUUAGUGGAAGUUAACUAAUAGUUUUAUAUUUUCCUAAUUAGUUAUUAUUUUUAGGUGAAGUAUAGUAAAUUAUUAUUAAUAAUCAGGAAUUAUACAUA